AUGCUCGCUCUCAGCUGCUCACUCCUCCUCUCUUAUUGGCCGCCUCGUCUGUCAAUCAUCGCGUAUUCCCGCCUCUGGUCAGAGCUGGGCGGGGUCGGUGUGAGCGUCCCGCUGACGUCACCAGAGACCGUCCAUGCCAUGAUGGCGGCGGCGGAGCGGCGCGGCGGUCCCGGUUCUUCCCCCGGCGCUUCCUCCGGGCCCGCGGCGGACUACUCGCUGCUGGUGGUGGUGGGAGCGCUGCGGCCCGCCGGACUGCUGGAGCGGCUUCUGCGGCAGAUCGACUCAGGUGUGCGGUGUUGGUCUGUAGAUCUGGACAUGUCAGUUCUGGAUCAGCAGCUGAAACUCUUCGUGUCGAGACAUUCGGCCUUUCUGUCAGAAGACGUGAGAGGUCAGCGGACUCUUCAGCACCGCGGAGACGUACUGGACACUCAGGUUGUGGUGAAUCCAGUUCAUGACUUCGUCUGUGCAGAGGUGCGGCGGCUCAUCUGUGGUUCUUCUCGACACAAGCUGUUGGUUCUGGCAGGUCGGUGUGUGGAGGAGAGUGGAGACAUUGUGUUGCAGAGCGGCUGCUUCUCGCUCAAACACUUCCUCCACAUAUUUGCAGAUGAGGAGGUCGGGGCGUCAUUGAGCUCUGCAGACCCGGUGGUGAAAGCCAGCCUCACCCUCAGCUGUCCGGACUACGGCCUUUGGAAGAACUCUCUGUUGGAGAAACACAACCUUCAAGACUUCAUCAAGAUCCAGAUCAACCCUCCCUGCGUCCUCCCAGAGAUGGAGGGUCUGCAAGAGUUCACUGAGUACCUCUCUGAGUCGUUGGAGUCUGAGUCGCCCUUCGACCUCCUGGAGCCGCCAAGCACCGUGGGGUUCCUGAAGCUCUCUCGACCCUGCUGCUACAUUUUCCCCGGUGGGAGGGGGGACUCUGCCUUCUUUGCUGUCAAUGGAUUUAACGUUCUGGUCAACGGCGGUUCCGACCCCCGCUCCUGCUUCUGGAAACUGAUUCGACACCUGGACAGAGUCGACUCUGUGCUCCUUACCCACAUCGGUGUGGACAAUCUUCCCGGGCUAAACAGUCUUCUGCUGAGGAAAGUAGCCGAGCUGGAAGACGAGUCGUCUGGAUCUCGGACCGAAGAGAACUGGAUGAAAAACCUCAUCUCUCCGGAGAUCGGCGUGGUUUUCCUCAAUAUUCCUGACAGGUUGAAGUCCGUUCAGGAGGAUCCCAGUGAGCUGCGGAGUUGCGACCAAGUGGCGCUCACUCUUCAGUAUUUACAAAGAAUGGCAAUCAAACCUGAACCUCUCAGCCGGGGCAGCGGACCCAUUAUUGAACCGGUUAUCUUGUUCCAAAAGAUGGGAGUGGGCCGUCUGGAGCUGUACACGCUAAAUCCAGUCAACGGAAGCAAAGAACUAGAAGCUUUAAUUCAGAUUUGGCCAAACGAUGGAUCGAAUGUAAAGAGCUCAAACCUUCCGCUGCCGUGCCUUGUGUCCAUCUGUGCGCUGCUGGUCUGGCAUCCGUCCAGCCCUCAGGAGAAGAUCAUCCGAGUCCUCUUCCCAGGGUGCACGCCUCAGACCAAAAUUCUGGAUGGACUUGAAAAACUCAAACAUCUAGAUUUCCUCAAACACUCGUCAGUGUGUUUGAAAGAUCUAGAAACAUCCAAAGGUGAGAAACAACCAAAAAGAGCAGAGAGCCGGGAAAGCCUUAAGUCCAGUUCCAGACCCAGUAGUGCCUUUCAGAAAGACAAGCUUGGACGAGUGGAUGUCAGAAAACAGGAGGUCAAAACGAAGCCGAAGGCAGCGGGUGACACGUCUCACAGAGACGGGACAGACGGGGAAGACAAGUCUAAAUCAAAGGAUGGAGACGUUAAAUCAAAGCCACCGAAACCCGCUGAAAAACUUGCUCCAAAGAAAGAUUUGUUAAAAGAAGAGAAAAGGGAAGUGAAAAAGAAAGAUGAGAAGGUUCCUGCUGCGGUUUCAAACAAGGAAGAGAGUGUAGAGAAGAGGAAGGAAGCUGUAAGGAAGGAGACUACAAAACCAAAGAAAGACACUAAACCUGAGCCGAAAGUAAAGACGGAGGAGAAUAAAACAACAAAACCAGCCGGUAAAGAGGUGAAGAAAACAUCUGCACCAGGCGCUGACCUGAAGAAGACUCUGGGCCGGAGUGGGACUCUGAAGAAGAACAAAGUGUCGAAAGGUCGUCCAGAUCCAAAUGAGCAGGAAAACCAGAAAGAGGCCGAUGGGGUCAAGGUGUCAAAGACUCAGGACAUAACAUCUGAAUUUGGAAACAGGGGUCAAAAGGUCAUGAAUUCUGAUGGAGCAAAGGCGAACCAGACCUCGACAGAACAGAGUCCUGAAAUGGUCCGAUGUGCCCAAGUGGACCAAACACCCACAAGUGAUCUCAGUGUUAACUUUGAUCUCACUCUGACCUCUGAACCGCCAGUCACCGGUUUAGAGAACACCGGACCAGACCAGGAGAGAACUCUGGAGCUGCUCUCUCAGGACGGAGACCUCAGAGGAUCCUGUAGGACCGCAGACUCCACAUCCUCUCAGGAUAAACAGUCUGGCCUUCUGACUCUGACCUCCGUGUCCGCUGAGGUCAGCUCGCCUCACGCUACAGAAGUUGAUGAAGAGCAAGUGGUGCCACCUUCUGCAAAGUCUCCUAAAGGAUCCAUGGGAGACAGAGUGAACUCCAACAGAGCGCUGUGGUCAUCCCCUAAUGAGUGUUGUGGAAAUGGAUUGGAAGAAGAACUCACCUCAGAUGUUCCCCAUGAUGUUGAUCUGUGUCUGGUGUCGCCAUGUGAGUUCCAACACCCCAAGACCCCAGAGAACCAUCAGCACGUUGCUUCUGGCAUCUCACCUGACAAGUCGGACAACAACAACAACUCUCAGGAUCCAGACGGCAGCGAACGUCCUUCAGCCGACAGCCAGGAAACUCCGCCUACAACAGUGAGCGCCUCUUUGCCAACGGCCACAGAUCCUGACGUUCCCCAGUUGUCAGAGGACAGUCCCUCCACCACCGCAGACGUUGACUCUGACAACGACUCCAGUGGCCUCUUUUCAUCCAGUCAAGAUCUCACUCUGCAGUUGGGGCAGCGGUCCUCCCAUGACCCGCCACCUUCCCCAGUCAAGGAUCUGCCCCCACUACCGCCCCAGCCGGGAGCCUGCAUGGCCGACGCAGAGGCUGAGGGACCGGGCAAGAGUCUGAAGAGUUCAAAUGCCAAGAGCAAGAAACCAACAGGUCCGAUGCAGAAGGUAAACUCUGGAAGUUCCACGGCCCAGAACGGAAAGUUCAAGGCGGGCAGUUCCACGGGUUCACUGAAGAUGACGUCCAGCCUCGACACCAAGCCCUCGUCCAGAAACUCACUUGGUGGAUCCAGAAUUGGAAACUCAAGACAAGCAUCCUCAGCCUCCAGAGUCACGGGUUCUGCGGUCUACGUGGAUCUGGCCUACCUGCCGUCCAGCGCCGCCGCCUCAACCGUGGACGUGGACUUCUUCAGACGCAUCCGUUCCUCGUAUUACAUCGUGAGCGGAGACGAUCCAGUGAAAGACGAGUCGAUGAGGAGCAUCCUGGACUCGCUGCUGGAGGGGAAAAGCAGCUGGCCCGACGUCCAGGUGACUCUGAUCCCGACUUUUGAUUCGCUGGUGAUGCACGAGUGGUACCAGGAGACCCACGACAGGCAGAAGGAGCUGUCAAUCACUGUGCUGGGCAGCAACAGCACCGUGGCCAUGCAGGAGGAGACCUUUCCCGCCUGCAAGGUUGAGUUCUGAGCCCCGCCCACCCAGGGCUCUGAACAGGAGGAGAACGAGUCUUUUAAUGUUGCCAUAGCUACAGCCAGACCAAACCACGCAGUCGGGCACGGUUACAGUUAGACGUCACCGUAUAGUUCGUCACUUCCUGUCACUUCUUGUCACUUCCUGCUCUGCUGGGUCAAGACCUUUAGCUCACCUGCUAACAGAUAUUAGCAUGUUAGCAGGUUAGCAAACCUGAACCCUGAAUCCAGUUACAUUGGCUAAAUCCCAGUAUUUAAUUUACCGGAUCAAAAUAACAUUUUAAUAUUAACACUAAGAUUCACUGAGACGAAUCACUGGUGCGUUCAAUGCUUUUAGUUUUUUACAGUUCUCUAGUGAUCAGGAGACUUCAGGAUUUUUAUAACGUCACUUUUAAUCCCACAGUUAUUAAACCAUCCUCACAUCCUGACCUCUGACCCUGUUCUCGUGUUUACAUUGUCUCUUCUGUCGUCAGAAUGUCAUGUGAUCUGUCUCAUAAUUAUGACAUCAUAGCCUGUUAUUCAUCAUCCUGGAUUGAUCUUGUAUUUACAGAAUCAAUUUGAUUCACAGUUAAACAUCUUUAUCCUCUGUCUCCAUGUUUGUCUCAUCGUCUCAAUUUACAGGAUAUAUAUAUUUUAUAUAUAUAUAUAUAUAUUUUAUAUAUAUAUACAUAAAUCAAUAAAGAUGAUCUCAUUUUUACUGUAUUUGAGCGGGCCGUCGAAGACAAAAAGGAAAUAUAUAUUUUUCCUAAUGUUGACCUUUAUAAAUAUGAUUCUUAUCAGAAAACCGUUAACAGUUCAUUCCACUGGGGGCGGCGCUUCUGUGAUCGGUCCCAACACACGUUGAGAUGGAUGCUUGUGUGCGUCUGUGCAUGUGUGUGCGUGUUUCAUCACGUGUUUCAUCAUCAGUUUAAUGUAAUGACAUCAAGUCUGCGUACUACAUUACCCAUGAGUCUCAGCUGUUCAUACUCUGAACUCUGAUGGGACGGUUCUUACUCACAACCUGUUGGAGGAAAAUCAAUAUAUCAAUUAUCAGAAUCUGUUCAGAGCAUCUCAUCAUCAUUGUCAUGAUUAUUAUCAUUAUAUUUUAUUCUUGAUUUUGUUUUUGUUAUUUUUGUGAGUUUUGUGUUUUUGGUCUCAAACGUAGAAUCGACUGAAAUUCAACUUCCUGAUUCCAACUGAAAGAACAAAAUCCAAACAUUUCAAAUUUUAUUUAUUUAUUUAUCUUUCUUUCUUUUUUUCCUUUUUAAAUUCACGUCUCGUCUUCGAUCGACAAUAUCAGAACCAUCAGAUCUUGUUGGACGAUGUUUUUAUUAAAGCAUUUGAGCUGCAAAGUUCAAAUAUUUCAUGUUUUUUAAAUGACAUGAUUUACAGACAAAAAACAUAUUUUCAAAGAUUAAAUCAAAAAUCUGACUGUGACUUUAAUUGUCAGGUGGUUUUAAAAUCUCAAAAAUGUUUUAUCAGAAAAAUAUAAAUUUCCUGUUCCUCAUUAAAAAGCCUAAAUGUUUUUCACUUGAUUUUGAAUUUACAACUUUUCUGUGCGAGUGACAUAUCAGGAGUUUAACUCUGACAAUAUCUCAACAUAUGUUUGUUCCAUCACUGAAAUGACCACACACACAGACACACACAAACACACACUUGUGUAUUCAAGCUCUAGUUUUACAGGUUGUGUCAAAAUAAAAAUUUUCCUCGAUCACUUA